GGCUGCUGCUGGACUUUGAAGCGCCUGAGGUUCAGCACAGUGUGAGACUUCUGUUUGGACUCGGACUCUGUUGUUCGUGUGGGUCGUGUUCGUCCCGUUGAAACCUCCGUGCUGCUUCUGUCAUGGCGCAGGAGAACCUGACCGUCGUGGUGCACGCUCCGGGAGACCUCCGGCUCGAAAACCGCCCAGUACCGGAGCCAGAACCUCAUGAGGUUCUACUGCAGAUGCACUCUGUUGGAAUCUGUGGAUCGGAUGUGCACUACUGGCAGUAUGGCCGAAUCGGGGAUUUCGUGGUUAGGAAACCGAUGGUUGUGGGACACGAGGCUGCCGGGCGGGUGGUGAAGGUCGGCUCAGCAGUCAAGCACCUCAGUGUAGGUGACAGAGUGGCCAUCGAGCCCGGUGUUCCCCGUGAGACCGACGAGUAUUUCAAAAGCGGACGAUAUAAUUUGUCCCCCACCAUCUUUUUCUGUGCCACGCCUCCGGACGAUGGAAAUCUGUGUCGAUACUACAAGCACAGCGCCAACUUCUGCUACAAGUUGCCUGAUAACGUGACAUUUGAGGAGGGAGCUCUCAUUGAGCCUCUGUCUGUGGGGAUCCAUGCCUGCCGGAGAGCCGGCGUGACCCUCGGCAGCAUCGUCCUCAUUUGUGGUGCAGGACCUAUUGGGCUGGUCUCUUUGCUUGUGGCCAAGGCCAUGGGGGCCUCACAGGUCAUCGUCACCGAUCUCUCCCCGGAGCGUCUGACGAUGGCCAAACAGUUGGGUGCAGACGUCCAGCUGACAGUGAAGAAAGGAGAUGCUCCCGAGCAGCUGGCCAAGAGUGUGCACGACCUACUGGGAGCUCAGCCUCACAUGACCAUCGAGUGCACUGGUGCUGAGAGCAGCAUCCAGACUGCCAUCUAUGCGACUCGUUCGGGGGGUGUGGUGGUGCUGGUGGGUCUGGGCUCUGCCAUGGCCACGAUUCCUCUGGUCAACGCUGCCGUCAGAGAAGUGGACAUCAGAGGCGUCUUUCGCUACUGCAACACCUGGCCGAUGGCCAUCGCCAUGCUGGCGUCAGGCAAAGUGAACGUCAAGCCUCUGGUGACCCAUCGUUUCCCUCUGGAGCAGGCCUUAGCAGCUUUCGAAACCACACGUCAAGGUGUUGGGAUCAAGGUCAUGUUAAAGUGUGACCAGAGUGACCUGAACCCCUGAACCGACGCAAACAGAGCAGCUGAGAGCGACUCAGCGCGACAGGCGAAGCUGGACGUUGACCGUGUGAGAGAUAACAGAGCGAGUUCAAAGAGACGCAGUAAUCACAGCGCUGGCUGCAGAUCAGACGUGUAAUCGGCAUCAAAUGGUACGAGCAGCUAUUUAUGAUUGUCAACACUGUUCGUUAACAAACUUCUACCAUGUUGUAUGUAAUCAGCAGUUUUCUUGAAUUUAUAAUUUAUGCUAAUUUUAAAGGCUGUAACAGAGUAAAGAAAAUCUUGUAAAUUAAAAAAAGUCUGUUGCA